UUAUUAUUUCGAAAGUGAGAGUAUUAUUAUGGACUCUGAGAUUGUGAAUUAUAUUAGGCAACACGAAUCACGAUGGUUAGGCGAAACUUGGCAAAGAUGAUCCAUGCCAUAAUACCUAAAUAUAGAAACAGCAACUGUAUAUAUAACACACAGCACAAAGCAGAGUACGAAAUGUGCCACCGCUUCAAUAGCCAAACCAACACUGGCCUUGUCACACGUUUACUCCCUCUUCUUCCUCUCUCCAUUCUCCAACACACACCCACACACCCACACACUGCCGAAUUUCCACCUCCUAAAUUGUUUACUCCGUCGUCUCUUUCAGUAUCAUAAACUAGGGUGUUUCCGUCACCGGUCAACCCUUCUCCGGCGGUGAAUUUUUGUUUCUUUCCAUCUAAUUAAGAUCAUUUUUGUUUCUGUUUAAAAUUCAGUAUUGACCAUGUCGUGUUACAUUAUAAGUUCAUCAUUCCAUCAGCUUCUCUGAGAUCUAAUUUUCCUCCCAAAUACAAAUCAUCAAUCGGUCGUUUAAUUUGUGUUUGGGAUUUUUUUUUCAAUUUUUGCGUUUACGUUUAGUCUUACGUAGAAGUUGGAAAUUAAGUCUGUUUGUUGUAUAGAUAGAUAGGUUAUUAUGGAGACGCCGUUGCUUAACGGCAGCUCCGAGAGUGUUAAAGAGAAGCUGCUGUUGGGUCCGGACGGAGAUUACCGUCCACCGAAAGGUGUGAAGCAAUUAUGGGAGAUUUUCUGGAUUGAGACGGUGAAGCUAUGGGCGUUAGGUGGUCCGAUGGCCUUCAGUAUCAUCUGUCAGUUCAGUAUGAGUACCGUCACCACCAUUUUCGCCGGUCACCUAGGUGACGUGGAGCUAUCCGCCAUCUCAAUUUCUACCUCCGUUAUCGGUACCUUCUCUUUCGGUUUCAUGGUUAGUCUCCCCCCACCGCUUUCCUACUACCUCUCUCUCUCACACACUGUCACGGUCUAUGUGUGUGUUUUUGUUCUGUUACGUCUGAACAAGCAUUUACUCUCUGCGGCACGCAUUAAUUUGUUACUUUUUUGUCUGUUUGUUUUGUAACUUCCGCGUACGCAUUACUGUGGAAUGUAGUAGACUGUAUGUAUGUACACCUACACCCUGGUGUUAUCAACACUUUAACUUCAUGGAAUGGGCUUAUACGAUGUGACUAGACAGAAUUCGUUGUUCCAAAUCUCCUGGUUGAAAUCUCCAUAACUAAAAGAAUAACUGAAUCUGAUUCUCCUUAGAGCCCAUACGUUCUUAGCCAACUUGAAGGAUAAAUGACUACAAACUUCAAUCCAUUGAUCCAUUAUUUUGCUGGAAGGGUUGGUUAAACUUAGCUGUUUAGUUGAUGUGAUCUUCUACUCUUCCUGACCUGGAGCUCUUGAAUGUUGGGAUGCUUCUUUUGAUUUUUUAUAAUUAAUAGUAACAAUAAGGAAGUUGAAAGACAGAGAAAUGUUGGGUUUUAUGGGGAAACAGGUAUCAGUGAUACUUUGGCUAAGCAGAAAGCAAAAGAAAGUCUGAAAGUGAGAUUCUGGUUACUUGCAGAGAAACAGAGCAUACAAUUUUUUGGCAGUGGCAUAUAUUUCAAAUAGUGCAGACCUUGGAAGUGUUUCUCCUUUUCUUCUUUUUGCGUGCUUCCAUUUUUUAAAUUUUAUCAAGUGACAACGUCAGUCCCUUCAAUAAAAUCUUCAUUUCUAAUGAUUGCUGCUUGAAUUUUACUCCUUAUUUUGACUACGCACGUUCAGAAAUCUACACAAUCUUUUAUUUGUUUCAUUUGUUAUAGUUAUGAAGUAAAUGUGAGUGGAGUAAUUCCCUUGGUUUUAAUGAAAAUUUUUGCUAGCCGAUCGUGUGAUCAUCAUAUCUAUGUCAUUUUACUAAAUACUUGCAGCUGCAUGUUAGAAUGAGGUUCAAGGAGUGGCUGAUUGGUAAAUUCUGUUUAAUGCCAUUGAGUAUUCUACAGAGAAUUCUGUGUUGGUUUUAAGAUCUUUACAGCUUUAGAUGUGACCGUUAUCGUGUAACUUAUGUCAGCGUAUAAUUGCAUAAUGUUGGUUGCUUAGAUCUAAUGACUAUUUACUAGUUGUACCAGAAACUCGGAACGCUUUUGAACUGUUUAUCAGCCUAACUUUUGACUUUGUGAAAAAUGUGUAGCUUGGAAUGGGGAGUGCCUUAGAGACGCUAUGUGGUCAAGCAUUUGGUGCCAACCAAGUUCACAUGCUUGGUAUUUACAUGCAGAGGUCCAUGAUAAUCCUGUUUGUCACUUGUAUCAUUCUUCUGCCGCUCUACAUUUUUGCUACUCCACUCCUUAAGCUCCUUGGUCAACAAGAUCAAAUCGCGGAUCCAGCAGGAUACUAUACCAUCCUGAUCAUUCCUCAGUUGUUUUCCCUGUUUGUCAAUUUCCCUACCCAAAAGUUUCUUCAAGCGCAGAGCAAAGUUGGUGUUACAGCUUGGAUUGGAUUAAUAGCCCUGCUGCUGCAUGUGUUUUUCCUUUGGCUUUUCAUUUCUGUGCUCAACUUGGGAAUUGCUGGUGCUGCUGUAGCAUAUAACAUCACAAAUUGGUUCGUUGCUCUUGCUCAAUUCUUUUAUGUCAUCGGUUGGUGUAAAGAUGGGUGGACAGGAUGGUCAUGGGCAGCAUUUAGGGAGAUUUGGUCUUUUGUUAGGCUCUCUCUAGCUUCAGCAAUCAUGCUUUGCCUGGAGAUAUGGUACAUGAUGAGUAUCAAUAUCCUCACAGGACACCUAAAUAAUGCUGUGAUUGCCGUUGGUUCACUAAAUAUUUGCAUGAGCCUUAAUGGACUUGAAGCCAUGAUAUUCAUUGGAGUAAAUGCUGCGAUAAGCGUUCGAGUCUCUAACGAACUUGGUUAUGGGCAUCCUAGAGCAGCCAAAUAUUCUGUAUAUGUCACAGUCCUUCAGUCCCUGUUGAUAGGGAUUGUUUGCAUGGUUGCUGUCCUUUUGGCUAGAAAUCAUUUCGCCAUAAUUUUCACUGAUAGCAAGGACAUGCAAAAGGCUGUUGCGGACUUAGCUGGCCUUCUUGGAAUAACCAUGGUUCUGAACAGCAUUCAGCCAGUAAUAUCAGGUGUUGCAGUGGGCGGUGGAUGGCAAGCUCUGGUGGCUUAUAUUAACCUGGGGAGUUAUUACGUGUUUGGUCUCCCUUUAGGAUUUCUUCUCGGUUAUAAAGCUAACCUUGGAGUGAAGGGACUUUGGGGAGGCAUGAUUGCUGGAACUGCCCUGCAGACUUUCCUGCUUUUGGUUGUUCUAUACCAGACCAACUGGAAAAAGGAGGUGUGUCAAAAACCUUUUACAUUUCCCAAUCAUCGGACACCUUGGGAAAUACUCCUAAUACAGAUUCCUACAAACUGUUCUAAUUGAAACCAAAACUGUUAAUUCAUGCAGGUUGAGCAGACAUCAGAACGCAUGAGAAAAUGGGGUGGCCAAGAUAUGGAUAAGGAAGUAGUUCCAGAUGAGCAACCUUAAACCUACCAAGAAUGUGGUGUUAAGCUGUAGGGGUUUAACUCCUUGGGCGUUGUUUUGAUGUACCUGUCUGAGCAACUUUUGAACAAGUUAUCCGAAAGUUGCCAAGAGUACAUUAUUUGCUGGUCUGAUCGCGCUAAAAAGCACUUUGAGGACAUCCGAUGACAAAUAAGACUCAAGAAGAUGACAAUGGCUAUUUUGUGGAGGGGAGAUGAUGACAAUGUGGAAAUUUGAAUUGCUCCAAAACUUGUAUUUCUUUAGGGUUUUAACACCAAAACUUUUGAUUUGACAUUUCAAACCCAACUUAUUAGUGCUGCUUAAUAUCAUUAGAGUGUGCCUGGAAUUUGGUUUUGAGGUUGCCCUUAUACUUUGAGAGCUGCCAUUCAUUCUCUCCUUUUCCUUUUACUGAAUAAAGAGAAAGUUGUACUUGUACCCCUCCCACGGCGUAUAAGCGAAAGUUGUGUAUAUCCAGUAAAUUACGAAGUUUGGGAUUCGCCAAAAAGCUGAUGAAAUUUGGGCCUAGUUUUUGUGUACCGAGGAAAAUUUUGUUGAUCAUUGAAACUUUUGCAAAUUUUGUUGAUCAUCGUUGCAGGCCAUCAUUGAAACCGAAACAAGGAUUAUCCAAACAAGUAUUACCUCCCGCCUUGAAAGCAAAACAAUAUUAUAUCCCCAACAAUUGUUCGAUCGUGUUGGGUAUUGCUAAUGUUGGAAUUCAAUGUUUGAGAGAUUCCAUCACUCAAGUUAGAAGUUGAUCUCCCGCUAGAAGUAGGUGACCGAUGAUGCUGGGAUGGAAAUGGCAGUUCAAGCAUUUUUGUAUUCUGACUAGGUUUGUCAUGUCUGAUUUUGAAUUUAUUUUUCCAAGUUUGUGUUUCUCUUUGUAGUUUGUACAAUGUAAAAAAGGCUUGAGCAAUUGGGGAAAUGGUUUAGGCCUUAGAUGCCAUGAUGAUUGAUGACACUAAGUCUGUUACUGUGUUCUGAAUUUUGCUGAUGAACGCGCUUCAUUUUUUGUGAACGUUUUCACUGGUUGAAAGUGC